AUGUCUGUUCCAAACCAACAGCGUUCUAGUAUUGUUAACCCUCCUCCACCUGAAUAUAUAAAUAACAAAAGUACUGGUUGUCAAACAAACCAACUUCAGUACUUACAGAGGGUGGUCAUGAAAGCCAUGUGGAGACACAACUUUUCCUGGCCGUUUCAUCUGCCUGUAGAUGCAGCAGCACUGAGUCUUCCCGAUUAUUACAGUAUCAUAAAGAAACCCAUGGAUUUGAGCACAAUUAAAAAGCGUCUGGAACAUAAUUACUACACAAAAGCUGCAGAAUGCAUUGAAGACUUUAAAACUAUGUUCUUGAACUGCUAUAUAUAUAACAAGCCAGGUGAUGACAUUGUGUUUAUGGCACAAGAACUAGAAAAAGUGUUUUUGCAGAAAAUAGCACAAAUGCCACCAGAAGAAAGAAUAGUGAUCCUCAACAAAGGGAAGAGAAAAGGAAAGAAGGCAGAAGAAACUCAGCAGCCCAACCCUGCGACUUCUGCAACUACGCAAAACACAAUUCAAAAACAAGCUGAAAGCAGUGAGCAGCCUCCAGUGAUGACGCAAGAGCUACAGCAGGUUACGCCAGCUCCUUCCUCUACAGCUCCCCUGACUGCUUUAAUGCCAGCUGCAGUCCCUAUAACAAAAGCUAAAAAAGGUGUGAAAAGGAAGGCUGACACUACAACUCCUACUACCUCAAUAUUCAGAGCAAGCAGUGAAUCUUCUGCAACAUUUAAUGAAAGAAAAACUGUUAAAACUUGCAGAGGAGAAAAGGAAUGUAUGAUACCAAAUAAGCUUCUGAAGAGGGACUUGCCAGAUUCUCAACAGUCACCUAAAAUUCUUAAAAAGGUUCAGUUAUCAGAACAGCUAAAACAUUGUAAUGAGAUUCUUAAAGAAAUGUUUUCGAAGAAGCAUGCAGCAUAUGCAUGGCCCUUCUUAAAACCUGUGGAUGUUGCAUCCCUCUCCCUUGGUGAGAACCAAGGGACCACCAAAUGCCCUAUAGACCUGGGAACCAUUAAAAAGAAAAUGGACAAUUCUGAAUAUAAAGAUACACAAGAAUUUGCCACAGAUGUAAGACUAAUGUUCAUGAGCUGCUACAAACAUAAUUCUCCAGACCAUGAAGUAGUUGUUAUGGCAAGAAAGCUUCAGGAUGUUUUUGAGAUGCAUUUUGCCAAAAUUCCUGAUGAACCUCUGUCACAGCCCACAAGAGAAAUGACAAAGGCUUAUUCCAGUGAGAGCAGCAGUGAUGACUCUUCAGAAGAAAAAUCAUCUGAAGACUCUGAAAACGAAAGAACAAUGCGCCUUGCAAAGCUUCAGGAGCAACUUAAAGCUGUGCACCAGCAGUUGCGGGCUUUGACCAGAACAUCCUUACCCAGACUUAAAAAGAAAAAAGGGAAGGCUAAAAGAGAAAAAAGGAGGAACAAGGAAAAAGCUAAGAUAAAAAGCCUGAUUCAAAAGAAGAAAAAUCUAAAACAUAAGAAGAAAUCUAAGAAGAAACUGUCUUUAAACAUUCAAUCAAAGAAAACCAUGCAGCAUGUCUUGUUGGCACAUAAGUCAGAAGAUGAAGAUGGUGCCAAGCCUAUGAAUUAUGAUGAAAAAAGGCAGUUGAGUUUGGACAUAAAUAAACUUCCUGGAGAUAAGCUUGGGAAGGUAGUCCAUAUAAUACAGUCAAGGGAGCCUUCACUGAGGAACUCUAACCCUGAUGAGAUAGAAAUAGACUUUGAAACUUUAAAGGCUUCAACACUCAGAGAACUAGAGAAAUACGUGGCAGCUUCUUUGAGGAAGAGACCAAGGAAGCAGCGUGCUAAAAAACCAACAAAGUCAAAAGAACAACUUAAUUUUGAGAAGAAGCAGGAGCUGGAGAAGAGACUACUGGAUGUCAAUGGUCAGCUAAACCCAAAGAAGCAAAACUUCAAAUUUGAAAAUGAUACUGAGCCCAGUACUGGACCAAGCCGACUGAGUGACAGCAGCAACAGCAGCAGCUCCUCUGACUCUGGCAGCAGUACUAGCAGUGCUUCUAGCUCCUCAGAUAGUAGCGACUCUGAAUCGGGUAUAAUCACAGCUGUAUCUGCUCUGCAUGAUGCUCCAGCCCAGCAAAUGCUGCAGAGUACUCCAAGGACAAAUAAGCCUCUUGUCACCCCAUGUACUCAUGCUGUACCAGAGGUAUCUGAUACAACUUCCCAGGUUGUUACUACCCGUUGGACUAAACAAGUUGAGAAAACAUUAAUAAAUCCAGACAAAUCAAGUAAACUUCAAAACACUGCCAGUGAGAAAGCUGCUGACUCAAAAUCCAUAAGUCAAGAACAAAGUCAUUCCGACUCACCUAAUGAUGGUAAAAACACACCAGAGCCAAAAUCCCAAGUUCUUCCUCAAAAGGACACAGGAGUUAAGAAUAUAGAUUCUUGGGUAAGCUUAUGUAAAAAGAUGAUGCUUCCAGCUCCAAUAAAAACAUCUGCCGAGAGCUUCAAACAGUUCAGGAAAGCAGCACUAGAGAAGAGGAGCGAGCAAGCACAGGAGUUAACAAGGGGCCAUGAAGGGGCAGGAUUGGAAGCCAUGGCAGUGAAAGCUUUUGAGGCCCAAAAAGAAGAGUGCAAGAGCAAACAAUUGCCAGAAGCUAAACAACACUCUCUUGUUCAAGACCGUAACUUGGCUAGAAAAAUGGAACAAGAACGUAGAAGGAGAGAAGCAAUGACUUGUACAAUUGAUAUGAAUUUGCAGAGUGAUAUUAUGGCAACAUUUGAAGAAAAUCUUGAAUGAAAGCUGAUAGUUCAUGCAGAACUUUGACACUACUACAAACUGUACAAAUUUGAAAAUGUACUGGUUAUAAGCUUAAACAUUAAGACCACUUUAAAGAGUGUGUAAGCUGCUUUAAAAUGCUUAAUAUUAAAAGCUUAUUGAUACUUGAAGGAUUUGUUGCUUGUUUAUAUGAAAUCUAUUUGUUGCUAGGCAGUGGAGCACAGUUGUUUUUUG